UCGUGCAAUGCUAUAGCUACCAGUGCGUGCCAGCAGUUGAUCUUGAUCAUUGUUGUAGGUACCCCACGCUUCGUGCAAACAAACCUUCUCUUGUCUCUCUUUGGUAUUGCAACUUCUAACGCAUCUCCAAUCUAAGCAGAAAUGGCUCGUACCAAGCAGACAGCCCGUAAAUCUACUGGAGGAAAAGCCCCCAGGAAGCAGCUUGCUACCAAGGCAGCACGUAAAAGUGCUCCUUCUACUGGAGGUGUGAAAAAGCCUCAUCGCUAUAGGCCUGGUACUGUUGCUCUUCGUGAGAUCAGAAGAUACCAGAAGUCUACUGAAUUGCUGAUUAGGAAAUUGCCCUUCCAACGUUUAGUUCGUGAAAUUGCACAAGAUUUCAAGACCGAUUUGCGUUUCCAGAGUGCGGCUAUCGGCGCUCUCCAGGAAGCGUCUGAGGCUUACCUCGUCGGUCUUUUUGAAGACACCAACCUGUGUGCUAUCCAUGCUAAGCGAGUGACCAUCAUGCCCAAGGACAUCCAGUUGGCCCGACGAAUUCGUGGCGAGCACACAAUGGCUCGUACCAAGCAGACAGCCCGUAAAUCAACAGGAGGUAAAGCUCCCAGGAAGCAGCUCGCCACAAAGGCUGCACGUAAAAGUGCACCGUCCACCGGUGGUGUCAAGAAGCCCCAUCGUUACAGGCCCGGUACUGUUGCUCUUCGUGAGAUCAGGAGAUACCAGAAGUCUACUGAGCUACUGAUCAGGAAAUUGCCCUUCCAACGUUUGGUUCGUGAAAUUGCACAAGAUUUCAAAACCGACUUGCGUUUCCAGAGUGCAGCCAUUGGUGCUCUCCAGGAAGCUUCUGAGGCUUACCUCGUCGGUCUUUUUGAAGACACCAACCUGUGUGCUAUUCAUGCUAAGCGAGUGACCAUCAUGCCCAAGGAUAUCCAGUUGGCCCGACGAAUUCGUGGCGAGCGUGCUUAAGAAGUGUCAUUUAAUGCAUACAUAACAUUUACAAUUAAUACGAUUAUCGAUAGUUUGAUCUUGAUAUUACUAUUCGUCAUAAUGGAUGGGACUAUACAUUCAUUCCGAUCCACAUUAUUAUGUUGCGUGUAUUGUCACUUCAGCGUUACUGCAUUAGUACACUCACAUUUAUCUUAGAUAUAUGGAUAUCCAUCAAGCUUCAAUCUUAAAAUUACAACUUGCCUACUUUUUUAUAUAAAUUUAUCUAAUAUUAUUCUCUUACAAGUGAUUAAUUUAGAUGGAAAUAUUAAUUGAUUAGUGACUAUGGAUACUUUCCAGCACAUCUAGUUGUUUUCCUAUGUUGAAGAGACAUUUAUAAUUUUAAUGUAUGUAUCAAAAAGAUUCUUUUAGUAUUAUGGCAGCUUUAUAAUGAACAAAAGUAAAAUUACACUUAUUUUUUUCUUUUUGAAUAUGUUCACAAGUAAUAAUCAUUCUUAAAAUAUUGUAAUGUUUAUUUGGUAACAGCGUGUAUAUGUAAACAUAAGUGUACUCAUUUGUACAUUCAAUGCAUGCAUGUGCUCGCUAGGCGAUACUAUGUACCCUUCGAGAAUAAGAUCUCUUUUUUUAUAGCGUAAUUUGACACAAAAACAAUUUAGAAUGUACGAAUCUUACAUAAAUGGACUUUCACACUGAAACAUUGUUCUUUAUGUGAAAAAUCGCGUUUCAUAAAUAAACAAUUACGAAAAUAUCAA